AUGGACGCUCCUCUCUAUACAUGCCCAGUAGGCCUGCACGAGAUACCCGCCAAUGAACUUGAUCUACGCCCCGAUUUUGAGGUGGACCAUGAUCUCCUGUUUCCCCGGGCAAUUACCGACGAGAAGAAUAUCUGGUUUUUCUGGCACUCGGGAUACCAAAGCAUGCACCCCUACGCGAAACGCAACGUCCGCGGUUGGCAUCGUCGUUUCUCGCGCAAAGGCUGGACAAUUCGCGUCGUUGACCGUCUGCUCGACUCCCCCUCGAAUGUGUCCAAAUUCUUGGAUACGAAUGACCUUGCCAAUUUCCCCCAGGCAUACGUCGAGAACUGUCUCUCGGGCGAAUACGCGCUGCAGCACACAUCCGACCUCGUACGGUUCCCACUCCUCCUCAAAUAUGGCGGUGUCUAUGCCGACGUGGGCAUGAUUCAGAUCGGAGACUUGGACCGCAUGUGGACCGAAACCGUGGCCAACCCGGCAUCCCCAGUCGAGGUUCUCUCGUAUAACUGCGCCGGCGUCCAGCCGUUGAGUCUGGCCAAUUACUUUCUAAUGUCCCGCCCUAGCAACCCAUUCUUUGACCGGUGCCACAGACUCUUGUUGAAGCUAUGGGAAGGACGGACCAGUACCGAAGGAAUGUCGAAGAGCCCGUUGCUCAAAGGUGUUCCGUUCAUGAACCCUUCGGCCAGUUUUGAGGAGGAUGGCAAGACUUUCAGUCCCGAAGAAGUCAGCAUACUGUUGACGGACUACAUCAUUCAAGGUCAAGUUAUGUCAUUGGUUAUGGGUCUUGUAGAUGAGGAAGAGAAAUGGAACGGUCCCGAAUAUGUAGCCAGACACAUCUUCGGCAUCGACUACAUGGUCGGAUCGCAGCUUAUCAACGAUCUGACGGCCUGGAACGGGGCCAAGGCGUUCGAGUUAAUGUCGCUUCCCAUGCCACAAAAAGGAGAGAACGAAUCGGAGGACCAAAGGCUCGCGAGAGAGAUCGUGGAGGCAUGUCUGUCAGCGAGCUUUGGAUUUAAAUUGGCUCAUGGUUUCAUCUUGAAAGUGUUUGGACACACUCUUGGGUCUCUUUGGAGACAGCAUGAUGGGUCGGAUAAUAUACCCAACACUUACGCCCACUGGCUGCGAUACGGCGUGGUGCACUGGAAUCAGAACGAGCUCCCACCGGCGAAGGAGUUCAUGGUUCUGGAACCAUACAAAAAAGGUCCUCUACUAAGGGUUGAGUGA